AUGUCAAGCCAAUAUUUCUUGAAAAGUAUAUUGGAUGUGCUGAAAGAUAAUGGAUUUCUUGCAGCAUGGGAAUUUCUGCAGUCGGAGGUGUUUCAAAAUAAUUGGUUUGCAAUUGUCUUUAUAAUUUACCUGGGAAUUGUCUUGGAGAUGGUAUUUAUAAAGAUUUGCACCUCCUUGCAAAGGAAACUUGCCCUUUCAGAAGAGAGGACUUCCGAUUCCCGGGAGAGGAGUAACUCAUCUCAGUCAAUGAUUCAUUCAGAAGUAAAGAAGAUUUUCCUGAGUCAUCAAGACCAUCCAGAAAAGGAACAAGAACCAGUACAGUUUUCAUCAAAUAAAUUAUUUUCAAUAAUGAAAACCAAAAAUCCCAAUACUUUAAUGUAUUCUUCUAACUACAGGUGGACAAAGACCUCUACAGUUAGUCAAGAAAGUGAAACUCCAGAGGUGGCCCCGUGCCCUCUUGCUCACUUAUUUCUCACUAGAGACCAAAUUAGUCUUCUGGAAGAAAAUGUGAGAAAUCAAAUUUCUUUCAAAUCCAAAGUGACCUUUGAGGGUAAAAUUUCUUUUCUGCUCCCCAAAUCUCAAGAAUCAUUGAUUCAGAAGCAACAUUCUGUUCAAGUGGAUACUGUGAUCCAAGCACAAAAUUCCUUUCUUGGACACAAGACUAUUAAGAAUCAACACUUUUAUGAAGCCAAAUUAACUUCUCAGGGGCAACAGUUUGCUUCCAACCAGGGAUCAAUCAGUAGCCAGCAUGACACAAAAGCCACAUGCUUGGUUCUGCCACAAGAUGUGAAGAAGAACCCAUUUUGUAGCAGCAUGCAAGAGUCCACUCAGGCCAAAGAUGUAGACAGGAGCCUACAUUUGACUGAUACCUCAUGUUCUGUUGAGUUUCAAGAUUUGAUCAAGAUCCUAGAAUCUAAUGAACACUUAAAUGAGGCCCAAUCCUCUAUUUGGUUCCAAGAUUCGAACAAAAUUAAAGAGUCAACUCAGAAUCAAGCUACUAGGUACAAGAAUGCCAAGCAUCUGGUUUCUGCUGUACUGCCAUAUUUGGUUGUUAAAGAAACACCACAACUAAAGAGCAUAAAGAAAAAGGACCAACCACAAAUUGCUUCAUCAAAAUUAAGGCAGGAUUCUCCGUCUGACUCAUUACCUCUUUUCCCUAUCAUUAAGAAGCAUAAAAGGAAAGCCCUAUCAAGCACAGCUUUGUAUCUUAUUUCCAGGCCGGUUCUUCCUUAUGUUAAGGAGUAUUCCAAAAGAAAUCUAGUGAAAGUUGUGCUAGGCUUGAUGGUAUGUAAAGCUUUUUUUCUAAAGCGAAAUGAGUCAUCAGAUGUAGAAAAACAAUCUAUUGAGAAAAGAGGAGUCUCAGAGUUUUGUGCCUCAAGUAGUAAAACCACAUCCGGUCAGCAAGAUCUAGAAUACGAGAUAUUUUUUAAUGGAACUACAUCACGACUGAUGCAGAAGUUGAUUUCCUCUUUCAAAAUGGAAUCAAACAGAAGAUUGAAAACAAUGAAGGUGUUAAAAAGUUCAGAAAAUUCUCAUCUUCUAGUCUCAAAUGGAGAAAAAAUAACAACCAGUAAGCCAGAUAUGGAAAGGAGCUUUCCAAAGGGGAAUAUACAAAAAGAUUUUAUGAAAACUGCUCUGAAAUCUAUAGACAUCAAUUUAUCCUUUUCACUAGGAACCCAAAAGCAUGGGAAUAGUGAGCAAUUAUUAUGUGGGUACAGCCGAGAUGGGUAUGUGAAGGAAUGCAUAGAGACACCAAGGGGGAGAAAAAGUGCAGAUCCAAAGAAUCCUGUUGCCAUGCUGGAGAAUAUACCCAUCGAUGAAGUUUCCAGUGGAACCACGGAAUGUGGUCCCCCACUUGGUGGGGACCCCAGAAAGAUUGCAGGUGUUGCAAGAGAAAAGGAAGUCUUAAGCAAAGCUUUGUCCAAAAUUGUUGUGGGGUCUUUCAUUAACCAUCUGCUUACUUCACCAAAUUUGAGGAGGCAGGAAAUCCAAAAAAAGUUACCAGGAAGGCAAAGAGUAUUCAGACCCAAAUAUGUCACUAUGAAAUCAAAAGAGCCAGAAAUUUCACUAAUACCAGAUAACCAUAGACAUGGCACACCAAGUCACAGAGAAAGACUGAGAGGUGAUAAAAACAUCUUAGAACAGAUGCCACAAUAUAAGAAGACAGAUCGGCUUCUGAAUGUUAUUUACCCUCACAAAUCUAGUUUACCUCAUAUUCACAUACAUAGCACGUUAAAUCCAAAAACGCUCAGUCACAUGGAUCCAAACCAAGAGAAAUCACUAGUUGACAAGGAAGGAAAAUGCUCAGAUUCCAUAAAUAUAAGAAGUAAUUCUAAAAGCUCACUAGCAGCUAAAUUGCAAGAUGGAGUGAGAGGGGAUGAAGAAGCAGACCCUACAGAAGUCCUUCAAAAGAGUUUGAACCUCAAAGUGAAUUUAGAUCUGAAGAAGGAACUUAAAACAGAAAAAGAACUUCCUCAGCCAACCCCUUCUGCAGAAAUCCUUACCAGGCCUGUUUGUUCUUACCCCACAGAUUCGGUGGAGGUUGAAAAUGUGCAGGGACGCUUAAUGGCGGAAUAUAAGUUCAAAGACUCAGUGGAAACUAAAGAUUACUGUGUGCCUGCUUUACAUUGUUCAAAAACGAUAACUAAGAAAGUAAGAUUUUUGCUUACAGAGUGUCCUAAGGGGGCCAAGACUGUAGAAGAGAAGCCAACACACCUGCCAGAGUUUAGCGCUCAAGCUGGGAAGAAUUCAGAACUCAACCUGAAGACCGGUAUGGAGGAUCGGAAGCAGGUUGAAGAAAAUAAAACAUUACCGACUCUAGAUAAUUGCCAAGGCUUCUUAUUUGAUGUAUAUCAGAAGGAUCGUGACCUUCUUGAACUACACGAGGACUCAAGACAGCCACAAAGUGCAAGUAUUGCAGUGGAACCACAGACUCAUCUUACACAAACUAUUUUGCAUUCUGUUUCAUGCCCCACCAAUUCAACAGAACUACAAAAGAGAUCCAGCAGCACAAUGGAAAUUAAUGGACAAGAAAAAAAGGAAGAGGAAAAUACCCCCAAAUUGUCAUCAACCCCACACAAUGCCCAACAUUUUAAGUCUGGAGUCCUUUGUGGAACAAAUCCUGCUCCUUGCAAGUUGGAAUCUGAACUGAGUAGUUCAGAAGGGAGAAAGACUUGGGAUGUAUCUUGUCUGGUGGAACGGGUAAAGCGAGAAGAGAGCAUUAGGAAAACUAUUUUGAAAUCUGUUUCUAGAUAUCUCACAGAUUUCUCUCAGGUUGAAAGAAUGGGAAAACAUCUUCAUCCUCAAAAGGGAAGAGAAGCUGUGGCAAGUCUAAAGACUCCAUUUCGGGGAGAGCGGAAGCCAAAGACCCAAUCAGUACAUAAGAUUCCUGAGGAUGGAGAUUCUAGGAGGAAAUUUGAUUGUGAUUCUUUUGAAAAGGAGACAUGGAUUAAGAGUGAGUUAAGAACAGUCUUAAAAUCUUCGGAUUUCUCCAACUUUCACUUAUCUAAACCCAGAAGCCAAGGCUACUCAUUAGAGUUUAGAGACAAGGAAAGUAUGAUUCCCAAACACAUAAGUUUGAAGGUAGAAAAGACAUUAUCAGCUUCACAGUUGCCUAAUAUCACAAGAUAUCUUACAGGAAGCCAUUCCAAAGCAAAGCGGCAAACGAAGAAAUGUGCCAGAAAGGCUUCACUCUGUGCCACUGAGAGAGAGGAGAUCUCACCAUCCAGAUUAGUGAGUGAUAAACUUCCAUCCCAUAUGACAGCUGGGGACACUCAAUGUAUGAGAACACUUCACAAAACCUCAGAUAAUCACCUCACAGGUGAGAAGGCAGAGUUAGGAGAAAAUUCAACGACAGCUUUUUUGGAACCUUUAGAUUGCUACAGGCCAGUUUUAUCUGACUCUGAAAGCCAAGUAUCAGGGAAUAAAGUGAUGUUAGAUCCCAUACGUUUAACAAUAAAAAAAAAGGAACCAUCGCUUUCACAUGUGCUUAAUGGGAAAUUCGCCUCCAAACAUAGGAAAAAUCGUGAGUCCCAUUUAGAAACCAGUAUGAAAGUGAUGAAGAUAGUUAAAGAUGUGGUUGAUCCCAUUAUGAAAUCCAUUUGCUCGGCGCUGGAUGUGGUUGAUACAGCAGUCCAAAGCAAGUUGCACAUAGAGGAGAAGAAUAAUAUAAGACAAAGACUUAAUCAAGAUAUAAUAUGUUCCAGAAGGAAAACUUUGAAGUUGGAGGGAACAGAACUUUUACAUCCUUUCCAUUACACUGACCAUGGAACCCAGAACCACAGGCUAGACCUGCAGUGGAGCAUAACAGGGGAAACGGCAAAUAUGGAGCAUAGAAAGGUUAAACCUGAUUUUAUUGGGGCAAAUGUGCAUAACUUUAUCCAUUCUUCACCUCGCCUCAAGUUGAAUCAAGAAACUGUUGAUGAGAUAAUCUCAAAUAAUGAAAGAGAAACACAGAAACCUCUACUGCUGAAAAAGAAAGAUAGAGUAAGAGAAUCCAAUGUGGGAGGGGUAAAGAAUAUCAAAGCUAUUUUGAGGACAGGGAAAUUAUCAGUGUCACCACACAAUGGAAAGCAUUUGCCCAUGAUAUUGAACACAAUAAAACAAGAGGGCACAAGACAGGGAGGGGAAGAUCCAUCAGGUGUAAAACCAACAAACAUGUGUCCAUUCCUCCCAUUUUUAUCAUAUUCCAACUUGAAUUCAAGACUAGCAGAAGGAGAAAAUUCAGGAAUACCAAAGAUUUGUCUUCCACCACUCAUCUUCCAGGCAUUUGGUAGCACCAGGCCAACAUCAUCUGUAGAGUCCACCAAUAUAGGUGAUUUGGGUAAUGGAGUAAAAUCAAGACGUUAUUUCCCACACAGAAAAAUGGAAAAUGUACCAAAAAUGAAUGACAUAAUGGGCCUCAAAUGUAUUGCUUUUAAAGGAAAGAGAACACAUUUCAAACACCUACUUUUUGGAAAAGAACCCCAGUGGAACAAUAUAGAAGAAAAGAAAUUAACACAGAAAGAUAAACACAACCUAGAUAAACCACAUACUUAUAUUUCUUCAUCCUACAUGGACCGGGAUGCAGGAAUUAAAGUACAUGUGCAAGGAAAAAUGAGAUCCAGCUAUCCAAUAAUAACUCUCCAGGACGUAUUAACUACAAAGGGAAUAUGCGAGGAACCAACUAACAACAUUGCAAGAAAAAUGAAAAAAGAAGAGCAUGUGUCACAGAAAGAUGAAGGAAUGGUGGAAAAGACUUUGGAAGAAAUUGGUUCUCUGGACAGAAUAGCCAAGAAGGAGACAAUGUCUCCUAUUACACAGAGAUUAGAGUUGAUCAAAGAGGAAGAUAAAAAGAUACAGAAAAAUCCAAAUAAAGUUGAAGUUAUGGAAGAAACAUGUGCCUCCACAUCUUUUCCACAUUACUCUGAAGUGAAUAGAAGAACAAAUGAUGAAAAAGUCAUUGCUGAACAAGAGAAAAAGAAAGAAAAACUUAAGAGUGAAGCAAGCAUGGUUUUGAGCAAUAGCACUUUUAUACCUGCCCUUUCUCAUGUGGAAUCAUACACACAAACAAAAAAAUCAGACUUUCUAAUUGCACGACAGUACAAGCCACAGAACGGAGAGGACAGAGGAGAGGACAGAGUAGCUAUGAGCUAUCUAAUAAAACCUGGUCACUGUGUGGGACAUGAGAAGGCCAAGGAGAGAGUGAAAACAGAAGGUGAGGAGGAAAGGCUCUGCACCCAAGUACUGACUUGGAGAGCAGAGAGCUGCCCGCUGGGGCAUCUACCCAGCAAAACAAUAUCAUCUUUGAAUGAUAGACAGGAACUAGGCAAGUCAGACAACAAAGUAUGCACUAAGUCAUUGAUUGAUUGGAGGUUAAUACAUAAGAUGAAUAAGGCUGAGAAAAUGCCCCACAAAUAUAUGGAUCCCAAGGCAAAGAAAUCAUCUCAUGCACAGAGACUUAAUUCCAGGAAAUUGCAGUGGAAAAUUAAAGAGCUCGAGCGAAUGGUGUGGGAAAAUAAAAAUGAUCUAGUUGUGGGUCUGAAGAACGUUCGUACUACGUUAGUUACUCUACCACAUGUCGAGUUGGACAAUUCCGAAGAAGGAGGAUAUAUGAUCAGAAUAACAAAAUAUCUGCAACCACCUCAUCUGAGAACUGCGGAACUCUCAGAUGUAGCCAAAAUCGCACACUUCGCAAUAAUCGGUCAGGAGCCUUGCAGUUCUUUAAAAGAAUUCAAAGAGCCCACAUUACAAAAGUGCAACGAGGCUAGAGAGGAAAACGUGGCCAUGAACACCAUGGGAGCACAAGGUUUGGCACUGGGAGAGCCAGGGGAGAGAAAGGAACCAGGCCACCUCCUGAGCUCCAAACACCAAGAAGAAAAGAUACGAGAAAGUGGAGAGGAAGCAGGAGAGGUUCUGACUGAGUCUCCUCUUUCAGCACUCUCCAUCUCUACUCUUGAAUUAGGUAACAACAGACAAGGAGACGGCAUGCUCGUACAUACAAAGACUGCCAUGCAGAGAACCUCCAGUGUGAAGGAAAGAACACCUACAGAGCCCGUUAGUCCCAGUAGUUUGAAAGAUGUUCCAACUGAGGAGGAACAGAAAGCUCAGGGAAGAAGGAGCAGCCAAGAAGGAAUAGUGGAGGAGAGGGGCAAGAUGCUCUUCGCCCCAAUGGCCGGGAAGUCAAGGACUUGGCAGUGUCCCUCUGUACGUCACAGGACAGAGAUGCACCUCGACAUUGGAGGGAGGGAGCAAAGGAGACGUGAGGAUGAAAAUCAAUCACGCAGUAAGAUGCAAAGAAAAAUCUAUGUUUCCCAGGCUCCCCUGAAGAAUCUUCAUUUGGAUAAAGGUACACAGGUGGAUGUGGGAAUGCUUGGUGUCCAAAGACCCCCUGUACAGCCCAUAGUGCUCUUGACCUUAUCAAACAGAGAGAAAACACAAGGUGCGGAAGCAAAGGAUGGUGGUGGAAGAAAAAAUGAACCAUGCAAGUUCCAGAAAGAAGAGAAGCACGAAGUGAAUUUGAGGGUCAAGAUGCAACCCAACUUUCCCAGGGGUUCGCCAAUCUCACAGAUACUUGAUUCAAAGGAAUUUGUCUUGAACAUCAUAGAGCAGAAUAACAAUGUUCUUGGGGAUGACCCGUGUGUGGUUCUCACCAGGACUCUUAUUUCCACCCCAACAGAACCUACCUUUUAUUUGGAUCCCGGGAACAGAACUGACGGAGAAGUCCCAGCAAAGACAAGGGCCUGUCCCUCAAGGCUUCUCUUCUCAUCUAUAAAAAAAAUGCCCUUGGAGAUAUGCAUCACAUGCGGCACUCCCGCAAGUACCAAGAACUUUUCUGUUUUAGGAGAUGAACCACGAGAUCCUGGAUCCAAAGUACCUCCGGGCUCUGCAAAAUCAUGUAAACGUGAUGAGACAAAAAAAGAUGUACAAAGUUAUUAUCAAAAAAACAAAAUGCUACACCCGUGGACAGAGGGGUCACAUGAGAAAACGAGUAUCACAGGCUUAAAUAUCCCCCCAAAUAUGGACUACCAAGAACGCCGGAAGGAACCCAAGGCACCUGACUCAAGACAAAACACUCAGCUACAAAAACCGUCAACAAAACGUGACUUUGUGAACUACUCACAAUAUCCCACUAUUCCUCGUUCUCCCAAAUGCGAUGACUGGGAGGGCAGAUCAACAAUAGCACAUAGGAAAAGAGAAUUGACGCCCCAGUGUUUAACUAUGAAAAUCCGAAACCAUCCAAUAUUACAGCUUCUUGGCAAUGUCGAGCAGCUGGAGUUUGAGUCUAUCGGGCCCCAGGAGAUUACUCUGUGGGAUGAAAAUGGUGCCGAAAUGUACCUGGGAAACCUCUAUCUCUCCAGGGUACUUGUACCUCAGGCAGAAGAAGCAACUGCAGCCGAGAGACACCAAGAAAGAGGGAAAGAGAGUUGUUCCCUGGAACCCCAGAAGUCGCAGGGCAUAAGCCAAACUAUGUGGAGUGUCUGGUCCACGGGAGACCACAAGCUGCUUAACACGCUUCCCAGGGAUUCCCAGGCCCUGGGGGUGCAACCACAAGAGGAACGCAACGGUCCUUCAGUCACCCCAAGAGCAGACGGCAGCAGAUGGCAGGGUGAGGUCCUUCCAGCACUACACACAGAAGACAAGGCAGUUCUAGGCCAUGGUGCCUCGAGGCUCUACGAGGACCCCAACCCUCCUGUGCUCCAGCCAGAAGCAGCAGCCAAAGCUACCCCUGCACCCACAACCUCCACGUCGGAGGCCAGGUCGCAGGCCCAAUCCAUCUCGGAGCGUUUCACCCCUGAAGGAGAAAGGACCCUCCAGAGACACCUGGAGUGUAAGACCCGGGAGAUCUGUUUGAGUCCGAUCCCGGAGAGAGUAGCGCAGUCCCGGCAGCAGCACGCUUCGGGUUCGAAAGAGGAGGUAGCUUCCCCAGGCAUCCAGGGGGGCAGCGCGCCCCCACACCCGAAGGUGUGCUGCCUGAGCGUCGACGGCACGGACACCGUUGAGCUGAACCUCACGCGCCAAGGCCCCGGAGGCGCGGCCGAGGGCAGCCCCUUGAAAAGUCUCAUCAUUCAUUUUUCUGACAGGAGCUCACGGGGGCUGGGGUGGCCGGGUGCGACACAGCGGGGGAGCGGGGCCAGGGCGCUGGCAGCCUCAGCUGUGGAGAGCUCGUGGCCUCCCGUCCUCCAGCUGUGCCCGAUGGAGCACCGAGACAAGCUGCUCGUGCACUUCGCCAGGAGAACGCUGGAGUUCCAGGUGAGAUCCCUGCCCAGGAUGGUCAGGGCGUCUCACAGGGCAGCCCGUGCCCAGGAGAGGAAGCCAGCAGCGUGGAGCUGCCUCAGCCGCCCCGAGGCCCGCGGGCCCCCGGGCCCCCCGGACAGAGCUGUAUUGCUCUUCGAUGAAAAAUCUCUGCGUCAGAUAGAUCUUGAUCUACAGUACAAAUACUUCCGCUUCCUCCUGGGGCUUCACGGCACGAGAAGCGUUCUGAAGCCCCAAGCACUCCCUGGGUACAGUGACAACGUCCACCGGCAGCAAGCUCCAGGGGGUGGUCUUCCCCCCGCCGGAGGAGAACGGGCGGAGAAACCCUUCUCUUUCAAAAACCCGCGUCUGCAAAGCUCCUUAUGGAUCAGAAAAUCGCUGAAGUCGCUCCUUGGGGCCGCUUCGGCCCCGGGGGGAAGCAGGCGGGAGCGCAGAGAUGCCACAGGCCUUCCUGCCGACAAACACAGGCACGGUCACGUAUGGUUCCAAGAAGCAGCCCCUUCUCUGCAUCCCAGGCCUCAGAAGAAUGUUGUUGAUGUCAUCAAAUUCCCAUCAGCACUGCCACCGGAUGCCUUUCCCGGCCCCAAGACAGGCCUGAGCAAAUCGGGGCAAAGUCUCUCCCCCGCCGGCCAGAGCAGUGAGGAGACUGUGGUGCUGGAGGCCAACUCCUACUUGGGUGAGGAAUCCGAGUCGAUUCUGCACGAGGUGCAGACCGGCACCCCGCUGGAAAAGGCCAGGAUCAAGAAAAUCAAAAUGGACUUGAAGUCCCUGGAUAGGGACACUCUAGGCCCCGGUCAGAUCUGGGUGUGCGAACGCCACUCCCUGGCCAUCGCCCCUCCUCACCCUGAGUCCCACUGCGGCAGGAGGCACCGGGCCCCCUCCCAGAGACACCCCUCAGGCCGGGCGCCUGAACUUUCCCUCGUCCCUAGGGAACCUUCCAGGAAGUCUCCUCUGUCCUGCCCGAAGGAGAAGGGUGCUCGGACUACGAGAAACAAGACCACCUGCUCUCUGGUCCCUUUAACCGAAUCGAACCUCAAAUUACAUCUCGCCCGGAGCCAAGGCAGGCCGCCCUGGGGGUACGAAAGCAGAGACAGGAAGAAGGCCAAGGCCGAUUUGCUCCGGAAGCAUCACGGCCACCAGGAUCGCGGUCACGGCCACCCGCGGAGUCCGGGGGAGCGCCGCAGGAAGAAGGCGGGGGUCUGCUGCGAGCCCGGAGCCCCCCACCAUGCCUCAAGCAGAACGAAGCCAGCCCGGAAGCCUUGCCCGAGGGCCGCGCCCUCGUGCUGUGAAGGCAGCCGGCACCUGCCCUUCGUGUAUGCCUGCAUCCCGGCAGACUCGCUGCAGGUCAUCCCGCAGACUGUGCGCUGGGCCAUCCCCCUGCACACACUCAGGAAGAACAACUUCAGGGCUCCCAUGGUGGCGAAGAUUUCGAGGACGUUGGGGGCCCCCCGGGAAUGUGCUGGAGUCACUCUCGGACCCCUUUCGUGUGCUUCCCCCACACUGACCUUCGCGUAUCCGCAGUAG